AUGGUCGCUGGGGCAACCAUGGGCGAGCAGCAAGUCCUCACACUGCAGGUGAACAAAGGUGACGGAGGAGAAGGCACUCCCCUAGUUGGUCCCAGGAAUGAGGGGGAGGUGGAAGUCAACGGGAUGAAGUGCAGGGCACUCAUCGACUCUGGCUCCCAGAUAACCAGUAUUACGCAUCAGUACUGGCGCAGCCACCCCACCCUCCAUAAACAAAAACUAGAGCCCUCUAAGAUACCCAUAGAAGGUGCAGGGGGCCAGAGUGUCACCUACCAUGGUGUGCUACGCAUUAACCUAAAAUUGUUGGGGAGAGAGUUUAAGGGUGUGUCGGCUUUUGUUGUCCCUAACACAGAGUACCGCUCCUCGGUUCCUCUGCUUGUGGGAACUAAUGUCCUCCGUGCCUCCAGAAGCCACCUCCAGGCCACCUACGGCCAGCAGUUCCUUCUCCAGGUCAAGGAGACUCAUCCGGAGUGGUACACCUCCCUGCUAGAGAUUGGGAACACUGAACAGUGUGAUGUGGAUGACACAGUGGGCCCCGUCGUUUACACUGGCCGUAAGGUACAAAUUCAAGCAGGGAAAGAGAUGGAUUUAAGGUGCAAAAUAAAAGCUGGACCACAAAGAAAGACAUAUACAGCCCUAAUUGAAGGCCACCCCUCCGUGCGGCUCAGCCAAGACAUCCUGGUCGCCAGAGUUCUGGCUGAUGUAAAGAAAGGAUGUGCCCCAGUAAGGGUGAUGAACCUCUCCGAGCAUGCUAUCACUAUCAAGCCUCACACACAUCUGGCCAAGGCAUCACUGGUGGGAAGUAUUGUGGACUUUUCAGACAGGAUGCAGGGCGGUCAUCAUAUUAGCGGAGGUGGAGAAGCAUGUCUGGGUAUGGGCCAUGUGGUGGCAAGCCAAGAAGUGGAUUUAAGUGGAGCAGACGUCGAGAACGAGCACCAGCGCUCCCUUCUUAAAGAGCUUGUGGAAAGGAACGUGGGUGUGUUCUCACAACACCCCAUGGAUUACGGCCAUACAAAGACUGUGCAACAUGAAAUCCCUCUGGUUGACUCUAAGCCAUUCCGACUGCCUUACCGUAAGAUCCCCCCAUCACAGUGGCAGGAUGUGAGAAGGUUGCUGACAGAAAUGGAGGCAGCAGGAGUUAUCAGGCACAGCAAAAGCCCAUACGCUUCACCUGUUGUGAUCGUAACCAAGAAAGAUGGAUCACUAAGGCUGUGUAUUGACUACAGGAAACUGAACUCCUGUAGCACGAGAGAUGCUUUUCCUCUCCCCAGAAUAGAGGAAGCCCUGGAGGCUCUAGGCCAGGCAAGAUACUUCUCCACCCUUGACAUCACUUCUGGUUAUUGGCAGGUGGAGGUGGCAGAGCAUGACAAACACAAGACAGCAUUCAGCACCCCCAUGGGGCUGUUUGAAGCAAAUCGUAUGCCUUUUGGACUGCAGAAUGCUCCCUCCACCUUCCAGAGACUCAUGACCUGCUGCUUUGGCGAUCUGAACUUCACCCACCUCCUAAUCUAUCUUGAUGACCUCAUCAUAUUCUCCAAAACCUUUGAUGAGCAUCUGGAAAGACUGCAGCUGGUGUUCGAUCGGCUUCGGGAGCAUGGCUUGAAGUUAAAGCCUUCUAAAUGCCAGCUAGUGAGAAAGGAGGUUCAGUAUCUGGGCCACUUGGUGUCUGCUGAGGGGAUCCGGACAGACCCAGAGAAGAUCAACAAGGUGAAAAACUGGGUGAGGCCCACAAAUCGCAAAGAAGUGUUGCAAUUUCUGGGGUUUGCUGGAUACUAUAGGCGGUAUGUAAGUGGGUACUCUACCCUAGCUGCUCCCCUGUACCGCCUAACCGCGGGUGACCCCAGAAAGAAAAAGAGAGGGGGAAAGAACAGAUGAAUGUGGACAGAUGAAUGUGAGAAGGCAUUUCAGACCCUAAAAGAAAGACUGACAAGCGCUCCAGUGCUAGGAUAUCCUGACUAUAGCUUGCCUUUUGUUCUGCAGACGGAUGUCUCAGGGGAGGGUCUGGGCGCCGUUCUAGCGCAGAU